CCUACACAAUUUACAGCCCUAGAUUUUCUCAAGCCUAUCUCUCUGAGCUCCAACAAACGAAAACCCUAACCUUUUCGCAACUCUCAAAAAUCCAUGGCGAUCUCUCUCCCCUCAUCCCUCUCGGUCCCCGCCACUCCCCUCUCCUCGCCCUCAGCCUCGAAAACCUCUCUCUUCGGAUCCAAGCUCCUCAUCUCCUCCCCUUCACCUCCUCCUCCUCCUUCUUCUAGAAUGAACUCGAGCCUGAGGGUGAGGUCUCAGGCGGCGAUUGGCCCCAACGAUUUCGAUCACAUACCGAAGCAGUUCAGGGAGGAGAACCUCAGGGACGGAUUGAUGGACAAUUAUAAGAAUGUUCCCAGACACCUUUAUGGCCUUAAUGCUUCACAAAUGGACAUGUUCAUGACGGAAGAUAGUCCUGUUAAGCGGCAGGCAGAAAAAGUCACAGAGGCAAGUAUUUCAUCUGCGAGGAAUUAUCUUGAUAAUGGAGGGAUGUGGAGCCAGACAGGCAUGACUGAAGGUCCCGCAAAGUAUAGUAUGAGCGUGAGCAUGUAUCGUGGAGGAGCCCGAGGAUACGGGAGGCCAAGGACUGCCCCUCCAGACUUACCAUCUUUACUGCUAGAUGCUCGAAUUUGUUACCUUGGCAUGCCAAUAGUCCCAGCAGUCACUGAGCUACUUGUCGCACAGCUUAUGUGGUUAGAUUAUGAUAAUCCCUCCAAACCUUUGUACCUAUACAUAAAUUCAUCUGGGACACAGAACGAGAAGAAUGAGACUGUCGGAUCUGAAACUGAGGCAUAUGCCAUCGCUGAUACCAUAGCUUAUUGUAAGUCCAAAGUAUACACAGUGAAUUGUGGCAUGGCAUAUGGUCAGGCAGCGAUGCUUUUAUCACUAGGUGCCAAGGGCUUCCGUGCUCUUCAGCCAAAUUCCUCAACUAAACUCUACCUACCAAAGGUUAACAAAUCCAGUGGAGCAGUCAUUGAUAUGUGGAUCAAGGCCAAAGAACUUGAUGCAAACUCUGACUACUACAUUGAACUGGUAGCUAAAGGCACAGGAAAAUCUAAGGAAGAAAUUGCAAAAGACAUCCAGCGCCCCAAGUAUUUCCAGGCACAAGAAGCUAUUGACUAUGGACUAGCAGAUAAAAUCAUCACUCCGCAAGACACAGCGUUCGAGAAACGGAAUUAUGAUGAGUUGCUGGCACAAUCAAAAGCCAUGAGGGCAAGAGCUGCAGGUGGUCCUCAAGCUGCUCCACCCUCUUCGAGAUAGGUAUGGGUUCAAGCUCCGCAUCCAAUCCACUGGAUCAACUGACUUAUUCUGUGAUAAAAGUAGUGUUUCUCUAUAUUGAUCCAAGAGCAACACCAACUUUCGCUCGGUUCCUGGCCAUUCCUUUGAAAAUCAGGCUGUUAUUGCUUUUGAACUCUGGUGAUCCUAAGAAAUGAGCAGGAUUCUGAAGCAUGAAGGAUGAAAAAGGAAACUAACUGUUGCACAGAGAGCUUGUAUUUGUACUUAAAUUGUAUCCUUUAAACAAAGUCUGUAUAGUAUCAGCACAUCCGAUACGGAGGCCUGUUUGGUUUGAUUUGGCUCCUCUCUUAUUUACGUAUCAGCUCUAUUUGAUUUUGUUA